UGAGAGACUGCAAUCUGAACUGGCGAAACAGAAAGAUCUUGAGAUAAAGAUUCAAAUAAAAGCAAGCAAAAGGAUUAUAAUAUGGAGAUAUACCUCUCUCAUAAAACUGGAAGGAUGUUGAAAGAAAACAUAUUUCAGAGAAAGUGGAACAUGAGGCAAUGGCAGAACAAACACGUGACAUAACCCAAAGAUUCACAGCCAAACUCCAGGCUGAGAUCGUUACAGGGUGGAGAAGCGCACAGCUCUACGCAGUGGAUGUGACUCUGGAUCCCAGCACAGCAAAUCCCUACCUCGUCCUGGCUGAGGAUCGGAAACGUGUGACACACCGAGACGAGCGCCAGGAUCUGCCUGACAAUCCGGAGAGAUUUGAUACUAUGGCGGUUGUCCUGGGCACUGAGGGAUUCCCGGGCGGGAGACAUUACUGGGAGGUGGAGGUUGGAGAAAAGAAUCUCUGGACUCUGGGGGUCUGUAGGGAAGCUGUGCGCAGGAAGGGGCAUAUUGUAUAUCUAUCGGAGAAUGGAUACUGGACAAUAUGGCAGCGUGCUGGGCAAUGCGAGGCCAAUACCUCCCCCACAACCAUCCUGCCCGUGAGGGGCAGGCUCAGACGGGUGGGGAUUUUCCUGGACUAUGAGGCGGGCAAGGUCUCCUUUUACAAUGUGGCUGACAAGUCCCAUCUCUUCACUUUCACUGACACCUUCUCUGGGGUUCUCCGCCCUUAUUUCAACCCUGAAAACAAUGAAGGGGGCACAAAUAAGCUUCCCCUGAUAAUCUGCCCAGUCCCAGCUCAAGCUGGAGGGAGUCUCUGUCCUGCACAGUGACACCCGCAGCAGAGACUGUCCCCUCCCAGCACUGACCAGCCCCCAGGCCUGUUCCCCUGGGGGGGAAGGGCAUUACCUGCCUUUCUCCUGCCAUCCCCUCCCCUCUCAGUUCCCAGCAUCAGGAAUAUUGGCAACCAAGCAGCCCUAGAUGGGGGAGCUGGCUGCAGGGGCAGAGGGGUGUGUGGGUGCUGUGCCCAAGGGUGGGAAGGAGGCUGCAGCAACAGGGAGGGAAAAGCCCAGAUCACAAGGUGUGUGGGGUGGGGGAGAUGAGAGAGGUCUAUAAAAUCAUGACUGGUGUAGAGAAAGUAGAUACAGAAGUGGUGUUUACUACUUCUUCUAACACAAGAACUAGGGGUCACCAAAUCAAAUGAAGAGGCAGCAGGUUUAAAACAAACCAAAGGCAGUAUUUCUUCAUACAACGCACAGUCAACCUGUGGAACUCCUCGCCACAGGAUGUUGUGAAG